AGGCAGGUAUACAGGUGUAUUCUUAUCAAGCCCCGCCCCUUAUUCAACAAAAAGCUACUUCCACAUUGUUCCAUCACCAGAACUGCGGAUCAUCCCACAGACAGCAGAAAACAAUCCUCCAACGCAGCAUUUAAACUUCACAGCAUCGAAAUGGAGCGAGGCCUGAGCCUGCUGAUUGCCGCAGUGAUGCUUUUUGUGGCUCCGGGUGUCCAAGCAGCAGACAAUUUCUCCUUUGCCACUAAUGCAACGGUAAACAUUACAAAUACAGGUUGUGGGAAGACUAAGCUGUGCAUACAGACCCCAGACAACUGUGACCCUGCUGGGAACAGCAGCUGUUUCUUUGCAUCAGUGGCUGCAGGCAACACUACAGCUCCUAACGGCACCGAGCUGAUGUUCCAGCUCAGUGGGAACUCCACUGGGUACAUCGCACUGGGGCUCACCGCCAAUGCAACCCAGGGUACCACUGCGCUUUACAUCUGUGCUCAGAACAGCUCUAACAAUGCAUCAUUCUUCUUCGCGGCUCGGCAGAGAGACAACAUCAACAACACACUCUCUACAUUUAAUGCGACUGUGACAAAGAUACGAGGCCAGGUAGUCAAUGGAACGAUCCAGUGUGAGUUCAGUGUCCCCAAUUUGAAUGCCACCAACACCAGGAGCGCUGAUUCUACCACUUAUGUUGUCAUCCUUGGGUCUGGAACUUUGAAUGGAAACGAUUUUGGGACCUUUACAACUAACAAAACCACCGAUCCUCUGAACCUCGCCAACCCAAGCGCCAAUGUUGCAAACCCCACCACCGCAUCACCUACUACUACAAAAAAUUCGGCCAGUGCAGCAGACAAUUUCUCCUUUGCCACUAAUGCAACGGUAAACAUUACAAAUACAGGUUGUGGGAAGACUAAGCUGUGCAUACAGACCCCAGACAACUGUGACCCUGCUGGGAACAGCAGCUGUUUCUUUGCAUCAGUGGCUGCAGGCAACACUACAGCUCCUAACGGCACCGAGCUGAUGUUCCAGCUCAGUGGGAACUCCACUGGGUACAUCGCACUGGGGCUCACCGCCAAUGCAACCCAGGUACCACAGCACACAAAACCAGAGCGGUGAUUAUGUAAAGUUUAA